CAAAGAGCAGAGAGCUUCAGACACAAUCCACUGAGGUCUGAAUUACAGUGAAGACUCAGAACAACUUAUACUGAAAGUUUUGGAAUGGCACUUACAGGUCCUACAACAGAAAGUUCUGAAAACAAAUCUACAUAUGAUUAUGAUUUUAGCAACUACACCACCAGUGGAAACUCCAGUGAUGAUUAUGAGGAGCUAUGCAAAGCCAGCAGAGGACAGGAGCUCACUAUUACAGUCAUCCGGACGUUAGUCUUCCUCGUUGUCUUCUUUUUAGGCAUAGUUGGAAACGGGCUGGUCAUCGGCACUUUUGCAAUGUACCGCCGCCUUCGUCUUCGAUGCAUGACUGAUGUCUUCCUUUUCUACCUGGCUCUGUCUGAUAUGCUGCUCCUGCUGACGUUGCCGUUACAGACGGGUGAGAUGUUGAUCGGCAGCUGGGUGUUCGGUGAGGCACUGUGCAAGCUAAAUCGUGGUAUGUAUGCCAUCAACACCUACAGUGGUCUGCUGUUGUUGGCAUGCAUUAGUGUUGAUCGCUAUUUGGUGGUGGUUCGCACCAGGGCCGCACGGAGGCUGAAUUCUAGCACGCUGUGCUACAGUACACUGUCUGCGGUCGCUGUCGCAGUGACCUCUGUUUUCCUAAGCCUGCCAGACCUGCGCUUCUCCUCUGUAAAUGAAGACAUGGGUUCAACAGACCUCUUGUGUGACAUGAAUGUGUGGGCCAGCGAAGGGAGUAAAUGGAAGCUGUGGGCCCAGGUGGCAAAGAUCGCAGGGUUCUGUAUUCCUUGCUUGGCGAUGGUGGUUUGUUAUGGUGCGAUAGGCCGCGUGUUAGUCCGUGCCGGUGGAAAAGGUUGGCGUAGACAGAGAACACUGCGUCUGAUGGCACUACUGGUGGUUCUAUUCCUGCUGUUCCAGCUACCUUAUACGGUUGUACUGUUGCUCAGAAUAUUCACACCGAUACCAGAAUCCUGUGACGAAUGGACCAGGGUCCAUUUAGAAGAAAACGUGACACGCAACAUAGCGUAUGUGCGAUGCUGCCUCAACCCUCUGCUCUACGCACUGGUUGGCGUAAGAUUCCGAAAUGACAUCAUAAGAUUGUUGACGGACGCCGGGUGUGCGUGUGCAUGUGUGUCACACCUAACGCCACACAAUGACAAUGGAAGCUCCGUUACACCCUCCUCCCCUGCUCCAACCAUGCUUUCAGCCCAGCCCUCGGCUUACCUGCCCGCAAAGAACACACCUGCUUUGGCCACACCCACUGUGACAGAAAACACAUCCCAAACCUUCUUGUUUCCAGUACCUAUAUCUGCUAAUAUGCCUUCUGUCAUUGGCUGGUGUCAUCAGUGAUUUUGCUGAACAUCAUAUGGCUCUGAAAUCAAAUCACUUCAGUUUAAAGGGAUAGUUCACCCAAAAAUGCAAUUUAUUUUCAUGAUUUACUCACCUUCAUGCCAUCCCAGAUGUGUAUGACUUUCUUUCUUUUGCUGAACACAAACAAAGAAGUAGAUACUUUUAGAAGUAUCUUUGGUGGUCUAUUCAAUGCAACUGAAUGGCUGCCAGAACUUUGAAGCUCAAAAAAGCGAAUGAAGGCAGCAAAAAGUAAUCCAUAAGUCUCCAGUGGUUAAUGCUGCCUUCAUGUGCUAUCGGAAUGAUUGUAAAUACAAGUUUCCCACUUGGAAGUUGCACACGAAUGACCCCUCAAGUCGUAAUUAACACUGGGAAACUCAGAGAAUUAACAGGUUUUAUUCAUGUGUCUAAAUACAGUUAAUUGUCAGCACUUACCGUUUUGGUCAUAUUCAUUUAUGUAUAUCAGCAACUAUUUGAUGCAUGUUGUACAUUUUUACACCGUAAUAAUAGCUUGUAUUUGACCAAAAUUCCAUUAUCGUCAGCAAGCUGAGUAAUAUUUUUUAUGGUGUCAAAAUAAAAGUUCCUUAUGAAAUAUAUGUGAAUAAAAGUUGUUUUCCGACAACAAAGCACUUGAACGUGACAUACUCGUAAUUACAACAUCAGAAAAGGGAAGUAGGAUAAUUCCGAUAGCACAUGAAGGCAGCAUUAAUCUAUGUCUUCAGAAGCAAUAUGAUAGGUGUGGGUGAGAAACAGAUCCAUAUUUAAGUCCUUUUUAUAAUAUAUAAAUGUCCACUUUCACUUUCACUUCCACAUUCUUCUUUUGUUUUUGGCGAUUCGCAUUCUUCGUGCAUAUCGCCACCUACUUGGCAGGGAGGUGAUUUAGAGUAAAAAAAAAAAAAAAAAAGGACUUAAAGGGAUAGUUCACCCAAAAAUGAAAAUUCUCUCAUCAUUUACUCACCCUCAUGCCAUCCCACAUAUGUAUGACUUUCAUUCUUCUGCUGAACACAAAUGAAGAUUUUUAGAAGAAUAUUUAAGCUCUGUAGGUCCAUACAAUGCAAGUAGGGGUGGGUAAAUGCAUUGAUGCGUCGCGGUGCAUUGAUCUAUCAAAUACCAUUUUGAUGCAUCAAUUAUCAUUGUAUAUUAAUACCCAAUGUGUCCAUCUCAUAUUACAUGAACUGUCUUGCAACCGACACAGAGUGGAGCACGCCCUAGUGGAAAAACCAGCUUAAGCUGGUAGCUGUGUUUUGGAACGUGGUAGCUGGCUUAAACUGGUCAUAAGCUGGUUGAAGCUGGUUAUUAGCUGGUCAUGAGCUGGUCCAAGCUGGUCAUAUGCUGGUCGACCAGCUACCAUCUUCCAAAAACCAGCUUGACCAGGUAUGACCAGCUCAUGACCAGCUUCGACCAGUUUAUGACCAGCUACCAGCUUAAGCUGGUUUUUCCACCAGGGCACGAGAUUAAAGGGAAAGACAGUGCACUUUGAAAUAAAGAAAAUAUAUGCAGCCGAGCUGAGUUCACCCUGCAAACCUACAUAAGAUAAAAUGAAUGGAUUGAUGGAUGGAUGGAUGGAUGGAUAGAUAGACAGACAAUCAGACACUGCCAAGUUCAGCUUUCUGUGUCAUUAUUCAAAACUGUUUGCAUCCAUCUGACCAACUUAAGUUCACUGUUGUUGCCUUCAUCCCUGAUUAUGAUAUAUAUUAUGUUAAUAUUGCUUUUAUAUCUUCAUAAAAUGUGUCAUUUCUCCAUAAAACAGUUUAACCAUGAACAGAAAUGGGCUUAAAUGUGAUUGGCGGGCAGACAUUGGCUGUGAAUGAAAACACUCACUCGUUAAUUCAUUCUUUUUAUAUUGAAUGUCACAGAAUAGGGGGCGAUUUCAAACUGUUCUGAUUGGAAAGUAACCAGUUGAUUACAGUCACCUGUAAUUGGUCAAUGACACGCGUCAGCCAUGAAAAGAUAAAAAAAAUAUAUAUUUUUCACAGUGUGUGCAGCAAACAGUCCUGCAUAAAAAUGCGUUUGAAUUCCCAUGAUUGAUCUUGACAAGCGGAGAUGACUCCGUGUAGCCGCCUGGUGCCUCUUUCCCUAUCCCAAAAUGAACAGGGGACUCAAGGUUACCACAUCUCGUGUUAUCGCCUUUACAUGUUACUAAUAGACAGUUUUUCAUUCUAUAACCCUGCUGAGCCUGCUCAAUUAAAACCUAAAUCUUGUCUGCCUGCAAAUUGCAUUUCAUCUGUAAUUACUGGUUUCAGAUUUCACAGUUGUUAUGUAGAGAGUCGUAAUCGAAUCGAAUUGAAUCGUCAGAACGAAUCGUUCCACCCCUAAAUGCAAGUGAAUUGUGAUCAGGCCUUUGAAGCUCCAAAAAUGAGAUAAA